AAGUACUAAAGUAAAAAGUAGUCUGUGGAAAAAAUGGUGCAUUCGUCGAUCCUCAAAACCGGGCCAUACAUUCGAAGCAAGAAAUUAAAUUAGAUAUCCACCAUUUUGUUUAUUUUUGCGAAAAUAUUUUAUAACUCGAAUACGAUAGUGAAAUUUUGUACUUCGCCGUUAUAUCAUGUCAAUUAUGUACUUCAGGCAAUGAUUAUAAGAUUAGGAAUGUGCUAUUAGCGUACACUGCUAUCAGGCCCUUGUGUUGAAAAUUGCAGACAUCGGCCGCGCCGCUAGUAAACACUCUUUGAAAAUUAACACCUUGUCUUCCAAGAAAAGUAAAAGCCCGGGUGCGCAGGGUGCUCGAAUCGAUGAAAAGGGCCCGUUGAAAUUCGUACAACGAAUAUUUAGCAAGUCCAAAGGGAGCAAUCCCGCGGCGGUAAAGGAAAUAUCUAAGAGUUGUGGGCGACAGUCCCCGGUGGCGCGCCCGGAUAACAUGAAUCAUACGCCUGCACCGGACAGGCAGCAGCACGACCCUAAUGUAAACCAAGUUGAGGAGAUGGAAACGCAGGAAGUGGAAACUGUAGAGACAGCCACAGACAAGAUUUGGGUUGAAGAUCUAAUGAAGGGGCCUAACGGUGGCGUAGUCAUGAACGAUGUCAUGAAAAACCAGGAGACUUCAUCAUCAGACAUGCCUUUGGCGUGCUUAGAUGCUGAAAUGGAAGACGACGAAGCACGUUCGGAGGCGACCUUCCAGUUCACAGUACUUAAUUUCAGAAACCUCAAGGAUUCUGUUCUAUCGCCUCCAUGUUACGUUCGCAACCUGCCGUGGAAGAUCAUGGUGAUGCCACGACAGGCGCCGUCACCUGAUCGUCAGCAACAGAAGUCUCUGGGUUUCUUCCUCCAGUGCAAUGGUGAGAGUGAGUCGUCGAGCUGGUCGUGCUACGCCAUGGCAGAGCUUCGACUUAUCUCUCACAAGCCAGAAACUGAACCGUUUUAUAGAAAAAUUCAGCAUUUGUUUUAUAGUAAGGAAAAUGAUUGGGGCUUCUCACACUUCAUGUCGUGGUCGGACGUGUUGGACAGUGAUAAGGGAUACAUCAAGGAUGAUUCAAUCACCCUCGAGGUCCACGUUACUGCGGAGGCCCCUCACGGGGUCUCCUGGGACUCCAAGAAGCACACGGGUUAUGUUGGUUUGAAAAACCAGGGCGCAACUUGUUAUAUGAACUCAUUGUUACAAACUUUGUAUUUUACAAAUCAAUUGAGAAAAGCAGUGUACAAAAUGCCUACUGAAUCUGAUGACUCUGCCAGGUCUGUCGCCCUGGCGCUGCAACGAGUGUUCUACGAAUUACAAUUCUCAGAUAAACCUGUGGGCACGAAGAAACUUACGAAAAGUUUUGGAUGGGAGACUCUCGAUUCCUUUAUGCAACAUGAUGUACAAGAAUUUUUAAGGGUACUUUUAGAUAAGUUGGAGAGUAAGAUGAAAGGAACCUGUGUGGAAGGAACAGUGCCAAGGUUGUUCGAAGGCAAAAUGACGUCAUACAUCAAGUGCAAGAAUGUCAAUGUGUCCAGUACUAGGGUUGAAACAUUCUAUGAUAUACAAUUGAAUAUCAAGGGAAAGAAAAACAUUGACGAGUCAUUCAAAGACUAUAUAAGCACGGAGACUCUGGACGGCGAGAACAAGUACGACGCGGGCGAGCACGGCCUGCAGGAGGCUGAGAAGGGAGUCAUCUUCGCCUCAUUCCCACCAGUGCUGCAUUUGCACCUCAUGCGCUUCCAGUAUGACCCCAUCACUGAUAGCUCCGUUAAAUUUAACGAUAGAUUUGAAUUCUACGAGCACAUAAACUUGGACGCGUACCUGCAAGAGAAGCCAGAGACGCCCGCCGACUACACGUUGCAUGCGGUGCUGGUGCACUCGGGGGACAACCACGGGGGUCACUACGUCGUCUUCAUCAACCCUAAGGGGGAUGGCAAGUGGUGCAAGUUCGACGACGACGUGGUGUCCCGCUGCACGAAGCAGGAGGCGAUCGAGUACAACUACGGCGGACACGACGAGGACAUGGCCAUGACCGUGCGCCACUGCACCAACGCUUACAUGCUCGUUUACAUCCGAGACUCCCAGCUGAAGACAGUGCUACAAGAAGUGACACAAGCAGACAUACCGACGGAACUCAGCGAGAGGCUUGCGGAAGAAAAGAGGAUUGAAACUAUACGUCGCAAGGAGCGCAACGAAGCGCACCUGUACAUGAACGUGAACGUGGUGCUGGAGGAGGCGUUCGACGGGCACCAGGGCAACGACCUGUACGACCCGGAGCGCGCGCACUACCGCGUGUUCCGCGUGCGCAAGCAGGCCACCGUCGCCGAGCUCAUGGAGAUGUUGGCGGAGAACUUCCGCUACCCGCUCAAGCAUUUGCGCCCUUGGCCCUUCAGCGCGCGCUCUAACCAGACUUGUCGACCAACGUGUCUAGACAUCACGAACGACCAAAGCAAGACGGUAGCAGACAUAUCAGAGAACAUGAACCCGUGGAACAUAUUCCUGGAGAUGUUACCCCCGGACUCUGGGUUCAGCACGCUGCCGCCGUUCGACAAGGAGAACGACGUGGUCCUGUUCUUCAAGUUCUACGACCCCAAGCAGAAGCGCAUACACUACUGCGGGCACCAUUACCUCCCCAUAGCGAGCAAGCCGGCCGAUCUUAUACCAAUACUCAACAAACGUGCUGGCUUCCCGCCCGACACUCCUCUAGUUUUAUAUGAAGAGAUUAAGCCGGACUUCGUAGAAAAAAUCAACAACUACAGUGAACCACUCGAAAAGGUAUUGGACGAGCUGAUGGACGGCGACAUCAUCGUGUUCGAGCGGGCAGACAACCGUCACGAGGACCUGGAGCUGCCGACCUGCCAGGACUACUUCAAGUACAUCUUCUACAAGGUCGAGGUGCAGUUCAUUGACAAGACGGUGCCCAACGAUCCCGGAUUCAUUAUGGAGUUGUCAAUGCAAAUGCGCUACGAUCAAAUGGCGCGGGCGGUGGGACAGCGGUUAAAUGUGGAUCCAUUCUUAAUACAAUUCUUCAAAUGUCAAAAAGAUUCUGGUUUCAGUUACAAAGACACUCCCGGCCUGCCACUGAGGUACUCGUACGACGGAAUACUUAAGGACUUGCUAGUGUACUGUAAACCAAAGUGCCCUAAGAAAUUGUUUUAUCAGAUUUUAUCUAUUAAAGUUAAUGAAUUAGACAACAAGAGGCAAUUUAAAUGUUUAUGGGUUGGUCCGAAUUAUAAGGAAGAUAAAGAAUUAAUUUUAUAUCCAAAUAAAGGUGGCAAAGUGGCAGAUUUAUUAGAGGAAGCAGCUAAAGUUGUAGAAAUGUCACCGGAAGGUUCCGGAAGAUUACGAAUUGUCGAGUUGUCGUGUCACAAAGUAUUACCAGGGCCGGAGCCAGAGCUGACGUUGGACCAGGUGACCAUAUCUCCGCCCAAACUGUACAGAAUAGAGGAGAUACCGCGGGACGAAGUCAAUCUAUCGGAGGACGAACUGCUAGUGCCUUGCGCGCACUUCCACAAGCAAGUGUACGCGACGUUCGGCAUUCCGUUCUUCACGCGCGUCAAACACCACGAGCCCUUCCAGGCGUUCAAGGACCGCCUGCAGCAGAAACUCGACAUACCGGACAAGGAGUGGGAAAAGUACAAUUUUGCCAUAGUGUUGAAUGGCAGACCUAAUUAUUUAAGUGAAGGGUCGACAAUCAACAUAUUGGACUUCAGACCAAACAGUAGUGCAAAUCUGUCCCUUCCAGACGCGACGGUCCGGCCCUGGCUCGGCCUCGAGCACGUCAACAAGACGCCGAAGCGUUCGCGCGUCAACUACCUCGAGAAGGCGAUCAAGAUCUACAACUGAUGCAGUGCGUGCACUGCCACCAACCUCCUCACACACACGACUGUACUUAAGCCAUACUCGAUGAAUACUAUUUACCAACAAACAAUUUAAAAAUGAGGGUAUAAAUCGCUAGUAAUUUCACACCUAAUAAUAAUUAUAAUUAACUUCUUAAAGAAAUGAAAAUAAAUUUGAUUAUUAAGCUUAAAACAAUUAGAUAUCGUUAAUAAAACAACAAUACAUAAUUUAAAAUGAAAAAUUAAUGAAAUGACUAGCGUUUUCUACCCUCAUUUGUAAUUUGUUUGUUAGUAAACAGUACUCCUCGAUUUUGGCUUUAGUAUAGUGAAAUACAUUUUACUGUACGUUACACCGACUAAACUUAUUUAUACUACGUAUUACGGUCGUCGCCUCGAUAUAUAAAGCUGGGUACACACUAUACUUCGACUAAGUUAUUUAUUUUACGUAUUAUGUCGCCUUGAUAUAUGUAUACCUGGGUAUACACUGUGUGAUUUAUUUUAUUCAGUUAAAACUCAAAUGCUUUUGCUACGUCAUAUGUUUUUGUUUUUAACAUUAUAAUAAAAAAAGUAAUUGUGUGGUUAGUAAAGUCGCAAACUUUAAAAAAUUACACACUAAACAGUCAAUUUGGAUUUUUGUUUUUUUUUUACAAUUUCUUUGUUUUCUUUGGCAGCAUUUUGGAUUGUGUGUGUGAGGUACAAAUUAAUAAUAAUUAAAUACAGCAGAACUACUCUUGUAGAUGUUAUUAUAAUUUUAGUGGGAAAAUCUAUUAAUAAUAAACAAAUUCUAACUCGGAAAGCACAUAUAAACUGUAAACGUGUUAUGUACAAUAGAACAGUGAAUACCCAGCUUUACAUAACUUCUUUGUAAAUGAUUUUCUAAUCAGUACUAGCACUUUUAUAAGAUAUGCUAUCAAUGUUAUUCAUACUAAACUUGUACUUUUUUUGCCGAGUAGUAACUUGGUUAAAAAAAUAAUUAAAAUAAAUAUUGUCCAAACAACUAUUCCGCUCUGAAGUUGCAACAUGGCGCAAUUCGCAGGUGUAAUUUGUUAUAAGUUGUACACUGUAGUUAUACGCCUCGUGUUCAGAGCGGAAUAGUCGAAGAUCUGAGUUAAAAAAUACCUUCACCCAUCUGUUUGAUGGGUGGAAAGUGUUUCAUAUCAAAGGAGAUGGUCUAAAAUUGUAUGGAGCCCAGGAUCAAUCAUUGUACCCUGGCGGAAAUAAAAAAAAUAUUUUUUAAACUAUUUUUGAACAAAUCUACGAAUUUACUUUAAUUCUUUCGAAAUAAUAUUUAUUAGCAAGAAAUGCAGCACUAAUAUGGGUAAUAAUGGCGGAUUAAUGACGUUUUCAAUGCAGUAGUCGAUUUGACGUUUGCUGUCAAUUGUCAUGUCAUAGUUGUUUAAGGGCGCCAUCUUGAUACAACUCAAAAGCUUGGGUUUUAUUUUAUUUUUUCUUUUUAUUUAAUUAGAUUUUAGUAAAAUCCUUGUAUUUUUUAAAUCUUAAUGAUACAGGGUUGACCUGAAAUGAACCAUCUCCUUUGGAUGUUAAAAAAUGUGUUGCGAAUUGCUUGCCUAAAAAUAAAAAUCUCCUGAUAAAACUAGCAUUAAUAAUAGUUAAUUAAUAAUAGUUAACAAUAGUUUGUCAGGAGAUAUUUUAGCAACUUACUCAUAGUAAAUUAUUAUUAUUUCUUAUAUGCACGACUAGGAUAUAACUCAUCAAUUCUUACAACUAUACUGGGAAAGUAGGCAUAUUCUACGCAAGGCAAGGUGGACCUUAGACCACUUCUACACUUACCAUCAGGUGAGAUUGUGGUCAAGCGCGAGCUAAAAAAAAAUUUGUUAAUGUUCUAAGUUGUGAUAUAAAACACUUUUCAUCAAUUAAACAGAUGGGUGAAGGUCGUUUCUAAUUCAGAUCUACGACUAAACUAAUAGCAGUUUGGAUUUAUACAUCAGUGAAAUUAAGUCAUGUUGCUAUACAUUAAGAAUAUACAUACAACAUAUAAUGUAUAAUAAAAACUUACACUUUGUUUGUAACUUGUAAAAAUGGUAGUACUUAUAACUUAUUUGAAGUAAAGUCAUAACGCGAGAUUCACAAUUAUUUAUCAGUAGGAAUGCUAGUGCUUAAUAAAUUGUGUAUUAAUAUGAUUCUAUAAUCGUCGCGGAUAUUAAAUAAACACGAUAUAAAGCAAUAAAAUGAUAGGCUUAAUUACGUAAAAUAAAAUAAUGUGUUCACUUUAUGUGAAAAAAUGAUUUGUUUAAUAUUAUUUUAACCAUUUAAUAUGUAUAAAUGAUCGAAGUUAUAUGAAUGAAUAAAUAAUGAAUUACUUUAUCAAUUUCAACUA